AGUUUGACUUGUUGCAGCACACAUGAAGGGAGCUGAUGAGCUCUAACAGACCGAAGCGCGGUUAUGAAGACAGCACUGAAGUGAACAUAUUUGCAGCACAUCGGCUAGAUCCGAAAAGAUCUGAGAACAACUGAAUACAGUUCAGCUCCUUAAAAAAAAAAAAAAAACCUCCGAGGAUCAAAAUGACAGCGACAGCUACUAACGCGUCGCUACAUGAUCUGAUACGCUCUCUGGAUGAGACCCCCACAUCAGGCUUCUGUCCCGUGGAUGUGGGGGUCUGUUCUGCUUCUGAACACUUCAGUGAGGCGUCGCGAGGUGGCUUGAGCACCGACAGCUUCGGGACGGAGAAACGGGGUCUCGAUCUGACAGACCCGAGCAAGUUCUCUCCUCCACACAGUGCGUCCAUCGCCUACACAGGCACAAUCUCCAUCGAGGCUCAAGGAAGCUGGAAUCAGGAGGGAAUAAUCAACUUUGUCAGUGCAGGAGUGCAGGACAGGCCGGCUUCCCCGGGAUCAUUCUCCACGGGCUCCCCCUCGGCUCCCACAGACCUCACUCCAGACUGCUCCAGAACAGGCAUGGAGCACAUGUACACAGGCCCACCCCCUUACACCUGCAGCGCCGAUGGCUACCAGGACCCCUCGGCUUACCUAUCGACCACCACGUGCCCCCUAACAUACGCCACCCCGUCCUACCCAACCCCAAAGUCUACUAUAGACGGGACGCUCUUCUCCAUCGUUCCCGACUAUGGGGGUUUUUAUCAGACCAGCAGCAGCCAAAGGGACAACAUGGCUAUGUUUCAGGACAUCAAGCCAUUCUCGUGCUCUUUUGACUCCCUCAGAGUCCCUCCGCCUCUGACUCCCUUGAACACCAUUAGAAACUUUACUCUGGCGUGUCCGGUAGAGGGGCCGAGGCCGCCUGUAGACUGCGCCCAUCCGCAGAGCGUCCCACUCAGGCCAAUACUGCGGCCACGGAAGUACCCGAACCGACCGUGCAAGACGCCGGUCCACGAGCGGCCGUACCCCUGUCCCGCGGAGGGAUGCGACCGGAGGUUCUCGCGCUCGGACGAGCUGACGCGCCACGUGCGCAUCCACACCGGCCACAAGCCGUUCCAGUGCCGCAUCUGCAUGCGCAGCUUCAGCCGGAGCGACCACCUCACGACGCACAUACGCACGCAUACCGGAGAGAAGCCCUUCUCCUGCGACUUCUGCGGGAGGAAGUUCGCCAGGAGCGACGAGCGACGGAGGCACACCAAAAUCCACCAGAGACAGAAAGAUAGAAGAGCGCCUGAGCCUCCUCACAGCUCGAGUACUGGGUAACACUUUAACAAGCUCUGACUGCUGGGUCAGUGCAUGACCCAUUAUACCUGGAACUAUGUGAGGGCACAGAUAUGGGAAGGCAGCUUUCGAUUUAAGUGUUGAAUGUGUUUUGUUGUAGUCACAGAAUAUUUCACGUGCAUUGUGCAAACUGCAGUUGUUCUGUAGUGUUUACAGUGAGUCUUUUUAUUGCCAUUACUACUGUCAUGUGUUUGAAUAAACUGAUAAUGACCACAA